AUGAUUUUAUCAAAUGAAUUGACUCGUCUAAAACUUGCAAUGUCAGUCCCCAGCUAUCAAACGUUUGAAGACAUUCCAGACAGAUUGCAAGAGUCGUACACGGAAGUGAUACGGGACUUCAAAGUUGUCUAUGGCCAUAACGCAGAGUUCGUUACCAGGUCGCCAGGUAGAGUAAAUCUCAUUGGGGAUCACAUCGAUUAUGUAGACUUCUCGGUGUUGCCCAUGGCCAUCGAACACGCCGUCACAUGCGCGGUAAAGGUGACGCCCAGCACAGAAAUCCCAUCAGUGACGCUGACAAACUCGGACUCGCGGUUCGCACAGCGCCGUUUCGACUUGCCACUGGACGGCUCGGAUAUCUCGAUCGAUCCCUCUGUUUCGGACUGGAGCAACUACUUCAAGUGCGGGCUUCACGUCGCCCAGCAGUAUCUCAAGACUCGGUUUGCUGCUCGUUUCCCUGCAGACACGCCCCUGGCAGGACUGGAAGUGUUUGUCGGUGGCCAGGUGUUCACGGGUGGGGGCCUAUCAUCGUCAGCAGCCUUCAUUUGCGCUGUUGCUCUGGCCGUGAUCCGUGCAAACACUGGUCACGACUUCAAGAUGCCAAAGCAGGAGCUCACGCAAAUCACGGCAAAAGCCGAACACUUUGUGGGGGUCAACAACGGCGGGAUGGACCAGGCUGCGUCCGUUUGCGGCGAAGUCGACCACGCUUUGUACGUGGAGUUUAAGCCCGAGCUCAAAGCUACGCCGUUCAUGUUCCCGAAACUCAAAAACUCCGAGAUCCAAUUUGUUAUCGCCAACACCAUGGUUGUGUCUAACAAAGUGGAAACGGCACCGACCAACUACAACCUCAGAGUUGUGGAAGUUGUGGUAGCUGCCAACGUGUUGGCAGCCAAAUACGGAGUUGCUUUGGGACGAGUUGGUAAUUCAGAGAAGACAACUUUGCGUGAGUUCAUGGACGCCUACUAUGCCAGGUACCACGGAGCCACGGAACCCUGGAAUGGCGAUAUCGAGCAGGGCAUCUCGCGACUUACGGAGAUGUUGAAAUUGGUGGAGGACACUUUGGCAGAACAUAGCAGCGGCUAUACCCUCCAGCAAGCAUCGGAAGCGGUCAAUAGCUCGAUGCAGGAGUUUUCACGAGACUAUCUCACAAACUUUCCGGUCAGAUUCCAGGUCUUGAAGCUAUAUCAAAGAGCGAAGCACGUUUACUCAGAAUCCUUGCGGGUUUUGGAGGCGCUUAAAUUGAUGCUUCGAGAGUCAUUUGCCUCAGACUUGGAGUUUUUCGAUCCGUUCGGUCAACUAAUGAAUGAAUCUCAAAAAUCAUGCGACGAGAUGUAUGAGUGCUCGUGUCCCGAGAUCGACGAAAUCUGCAAGAUAGCCAAAGCCAAUGGUGCGUACGGGUCUAGACUGACCGGGGCCGGAUGGGGAGGGUGCACAGUACACCUGGUUCCGCUUUCUAAAGUCGACGAUGUGAGAGAAGCGCUGGCCGAGCAGUAUUAUGCAAAACACGACAUGCAGGGCCUAACGCUCGAUGACGUUGUAUUGGUAUCGAGGCCAGCGUUGGGCAGUUGCAUAAUGGAAGUGGGCUCUUAG